AUGAAAGCCUACCUAAAGAGCGUAGACGGCUUUUUUGUCCUAAAUAAAAGUACUACAAUUGGGAGGCAUAAGGAUUCAGACCUUGUUUUAGAGUCUGCUGACAUCGACAACCACCACGCGCUCAUUGAAUAUAAUGAGGCCGAGUGCAGCUUCGUUCUCCAGGACUUCAAUUCCCGCAACGGCACGUUUGUCAACGAGUGCCACAUCCAGAAUGUGGCUGUGAAGCUUAUUCCUGGAGACAUCCUGAGGUUUGGCUCUGCGGGACUGACCUACGAACUAGUCAUCGAAAACCCACCCCAGGUCCCCUUCCUGUGGAUAAGAAGCCCAGCACCAUGGCCAAGGCCACAGACGCCCCAGGCCACACAGGAGCCGGCACCGAACCCCUCGCCACCACCACAUGUUCCCUUCUGCCAGGGCAUCCAGUCAGCACCUGCCAUGCAGAGGAGCUGGUCCCAGGGCUUCCCCAGGCCCACCCUGGCCCCGGCUCCCCCUCACAGGCGGCCUAUGAGCACCGGCGGGAAGAUGUUCUCCUUCACGGUGGACACCACCCACCAGUCCCCCAUCAAGCAAGUGUGGACCAGUGCUGCGGAACUGCCGAACCCGUCAGUGACUGAGGAGCUUCCUGGAGCAGUACCUCCCACGGAGCUUUAUGUGGAGCAGGACCUGGCCCAGCAGGACAAGGAUGAAAUAAUUCUGCUGCUAGGAAAAGAAGUCAGCCGGCUCUCGGAUUUUGAAAUUGAAUCCAAGUACAAAGACGCCGUGAUAGUCAACCUGCAGAACGAGGUGGCCGAGCUGAGCCAGAAGCUGGCGGGGACCAGCAGGCAGAGCGAGAGGGAGAAGUUUCAGGUUCUGGACGACGACCUUGAGGCCAAGCGGAAAGAGAUUCAGACCUUGAAAAGCCAGAUCAGUGCCCUGCAGAAAGGCUACAGCGAGGUGCUGUGCCACACCCUGUCGGAGCGGAACUCAGAGAUCACAUCCUUGAAGAACGAGGGCGAGGGUUUAAAGAGGGACAAUGCCAUCACCUCAGGACUGGUGACAUCUUUACAAAAAGACAUGUUAGCAAAGAAUGAGCAAGUCCAACAACUGAAAGAGGAGGUGAAUCAGCUGAAAAGUCAGAACUUGGAAAAGGAUUACCAGCUGGAAACCCUCGGCUCCACAUGCUCAGUGCUGAAGGAAGAACUAAGAAAGGAGGAAGCUCAGAAAGAAUACAGGGAAGCCCAAGAGGAGGAGCUGAAAGUCUGCAAAACCCAAAUCCAAGACAUGGAGAAAGAAAUAAAAAGGCUUAAGGAGGAGCUGAAGAAGAGUUGUACUGAACAAAGCAUGAUCUCCAAGACUCUGCGAGAAAAGAGCAAGGUUGAAGAGAAGCUUCAGGCGGAUUCCAGAAGGAAAUUGCUUCAGCUACAAGAAAUGGGGAACAGAGAGAGCCUUAUUAAAGGCAAUUUGGAAAGGGCAGUGGGUCAGCUGGAACAUUUCAGAAGUCAAGUCAUCAAGGCCGCCUUCGGACGGGUAAAGCCGCUCCAGGACAAGCCCAUCACCGACCAGCAGCUAAUAGAGAAAAUUGCCCAGGUCGCUGAGGACAACAUGCACUUUCAGCAGAAAAAGUGGGCCCUGCAGAAGGAGACCCCGCUCUGCGGCUGCAAACGGGAGCAGACCACCGAGGACAUUAAGAAGCUGAAGACUUCUCUAGACAGCUGCCAGGCUUGCAUGAAGAUGUCCUGCUGCAGCAGCAACCUCAAGAAGGAGGUCGACCUGCUCCAGCACCUGCAGGUGAGCCCACCUGUCUCCGAGCUCCAGAAGGUGGCGCUGGACAUCCUGGGCCUCUCUCUGUCCUGGCUGGUGGAAACGGAGCAGCUCCUCCGGGACCUGGGGAUCCAGUUAUCCGGCUCCGACAAAGAUCAAGUUCCAAAGUUCUCAGGAAAGUCAGCAGGCUUUGCUGCAAGAGAAACUGCAGGAGCACGUGGCCCAGAAGAUGAAGCUGAACGAGGAGAGGCUGGAGCAAGAGGAGAGGCUGAAAGCCAGAAUUAGGCGGCUAUUGGAAGAGAAGGAGGUAAGGGGGGCUUGGAGGAAUGCGUUACUCAAGAGAGAAACAGAGCUAAGGCAGCGUUACAGGGAGAGCAGAUGAGAUCCCAAGAGCUGGAGAACCGCCUAGUCCGCCAGAAGGAGGCUUUGGAGGAAAGCAUCACUCAAGAGAAAGACAGGGUGAAGAGAGCGUUAGAGGAAGAGCAGACGAGAGCCCAACAGCUGGAGACCCGCCUCGCCUUCCAGAAGGAGGUCUGGGAGAACAGCAUGAGCCUGGAGAAAAGAAAAGCAAAGGAAGCCCUGGAGUCGGAAAAGAGGAAAGUGCAGGACCUGGAAAACCACUUAACCCAGCAGAAGGAGGAAAUAGAAUUAAAAGGGCAAAAAGAAGCUGUUUUAAAUGAUAAACUAAAUGAUGCACUGGCCAUCGUAGAAGAGACUCAGAAGACACAGACAGCUGAAAGUCUGAAAGCAGAGAGCCUCGCCAUAAAAUUAAACGAAACAUUAGCUGAACUGGAAACUGCCAAGACCAAAAUGAUCAUAAUGGAGGAGCAGGUGAUAGUGCACCAGCAGACGAUAAAUUCCCUGCAGGAUGAGCAAGAAUUACAGAAGCAUGGAUUCGAAGAAGAAAUCAUGGAAUACAAGGAGCAGAUCCAACAGCACUCCCUGACGAUCGUGAGCCUGGAGCAAAGACUGCAGAGAGUGACUGAACAACACCAAAAAAUAGAAGGAGAGAUCGCAACUCUGAAGGACAAUGACCCAGCUGAAAAGGAGGAAACGCCGAAAGAAGACCCCCCAGAAAACGAAACCAAAGAGGCAGCCUGUGAGCACUUGAUAGAGGACUUACUGACUGCUCAGAAGGAAAUCCUGUCUCAGCAGGAGAUCAUCAUGAAGUUAAGGAAAGAUCUCACGGAAGCCCACAGCCGCAUGUCAGAUUUGAGAGGGGAACUUAACGAGAAGCAGAAGAUAGAGCUGGAGCGGAACAUGGCGCUGGUCCAGCAGCAGAGCCGAGAGCUGAGUGUGCUCAAGCAGAAGAUGAUCCACAUGAACAGCCUGUUGGAGAAGAAAGAGAGGGAGCUGAAGGUCCUCAGAGAGGCGCUCAGGGUUGCCCAAGAGAAACAAAAGCUCCAGAUGAACCCAGAGAAGGAACAGAAGCCCAAGAAGAAGGCCCAGAUGCGGGACAUCUCCGUGCAGAUAGAACCAACAGACACAGAGAAUUCAAGCAGCCAAGAGGAGCAAACUUUCAGUGACCUCGGAGCCAAGUGCAAAGGGUCUCGACACGAGGAGGUCAUUCAGCGUCAGAAAAAGGCCUUAUCUGAACUUCGAGCGAGAAUUAAAGAACUUGAGAAAACCUGCUCGCCACAUAAUAAGGACAACCUGAAUGAAUCAAUUCUAGAAUUAAAGACUCUCAGAAUGGAAAAAAAUAUCCAGAAAAUGUUAUUGGACACACAACCUGAUUUUCCAGCUCUCUCAAGAAUAGAGAUCCCAUCGCUUCAGAAUCACCUGUGCCGUCCAGGCUCCGGCUCAGCAGUGGAGAAGUCGGAGAAAGUGAAUGCAUCGGAGGCUUUAGAGCUCAGUGAAAAGCUGUACAUGGACAUGAGCAAAACCCUGGGAUGUCUGAUGAACAUCAAGGACAUGUCAGGCCACGUGUCCAUGAAGUACCUCUCCUCCAAAGAGAGGGAGAGAGUCAGCCAGCUUCGACAAAGGGACCUCGACCUGGUGUUCGAUAAGAUUGCCCAGCUGAAGAGCCGGCUGGAGAGGAAAGAGGAGCUUCUGCGAGGGUACCAGAAGGACAUUGAACAGCUCAGGCAGAGCAAAGUGUCUGUUGAGAUGUACGAGUCCCAGAUAGCCAAGCUAGAGGACGACAUCUACAAGGAGGCCGAAGAAAAGGCCCUGCUAAAGGAGGCCCUGGAGCGCACGGAGCAGCAGCUCUCCCAGGAGAAGAGACUCAACAGGGCCAUCAAACAGCAGAAGGUUGGAGUCAGAAGAACCACCCUCAGGGCCACCCAGGAAAGACAGAUGCUAAAGAAAGAGACUUCCAGCAAAUCCAGCCACAGCCUUUUAUUUUCUAAGCCUGGUGGGAGGGACUAGAGAAGCAUCAUCCCACCAGGCC